AUGAAGUGUUUCUCUUUUCUCCUCAUCAUCAUCUUCACAGAUGGGGUUGUCUCUAAGAAAGUGUGCAAUUACAUGGACGUCCUGGACUACCUGAACCUGACCAAAGACAACAAUGCAUUCAAACUGACCCGACCUGUUCUGGACUACACACAUCCGACCAUAGUGGAGCUGGAUAUCCUCCUCUACGCCAUCCUGGCUGUGAUUGAAAAAACACAGACCUUCAUUCCUUUCAUUUGGGCAACAUUGAAAUGGAACCAUGAACGCAUCUCAUGGGACCCUGCUCAGUUUUGCGGGAUCUCUCAGGUUGCUAUUCCCAGAGAUAUGCUGUGGAAACCCGACCUCUUCAUCUAUGAGAUGAUAGAAAAGGAUGACUCCCCUCUGAACCCAUACAUACUAUUGGCCUCUGACGGCUCGGUCUAUUCAGAAGAGGAUAUGAGGGUGGUCAGUACGUGUAAAAUGGAUGUCCACAAGUUCCCCUUCGACACGCAGAAAUGCAACAUCACGAUUGGAUCUGCGAUACACUGCGUUAAUGAAAUGCGGAUCUUUCCUUGCUCCAACUCGUCUCGGGCGACGCAGUUUUCACGUGAGGUGAUGAAGACGCAGGGUGAGUGGGAGUUCCUCCAACUAUCCGUCAGCAGCACCAAUAUCACCUUCAGCGGCAGAAAGUGGGAACAUCUCAUAUACACGUUCACCAUGAAGAGGAGACCCCUCCUCCAUGUCAUCAACUUCCUCUUGCCCAUCCUCUUCUUCCUGUUUCUGGACAUUGCCUCCUUCUUCAUCGCAGACCAUCGAGGAGAGAAGCUGGGCUUCAAAGUCACCGUGCUGUUAGCCAUCUCUGUCCUGCUGCUCAUCCUGAAUGACAUCCUGCCCUCCAUGUCCAACAAGACUCCACUCAUCGCGACCUACUGUAUCGUGAUCUUUGCGCUGAUGCUGCUCAGCCUGCUGGAGACGAUCCUGGUGACGUAUCUCAUCGAUAAAGACUCUGUUUGCCAGGAGAAGUUCAGGCUGAAGGAAGACAAAAAGGAAGAGGUGAAAACUCCCAACUGUAAAAUGGAGGUGAAAAGACCGACCUGCUGUUCCUGCACCUUUAAAGUGUCUGCUGGUGGGAAACAGCAUGAACUGCUGCCUGUGGCUGAGGAGGUGAACAGCAUCAGUCAGUCUGGAGACUCCCACUUGUUGCUGUCGAUCUUGGCGGAGCUGAAGGAGAUGCAGCACACUGUUAAUGUUCGCCUGAACUGCAGAACUGAGGGAGGGAAGUUCGUCCUCUGGGCUGCAAGAAUCAACAGAGCUUUCUUCAUUUUCUACAUCUCCACUGUGUCUCUGUUUCUACUCCUCAUCUUCGUCGAAUGGCACAUUUAGAAACACAGUAAUAGCUUAUUAUACUUAACUUUCUUAAAUAUAAGUCCUAGUGCCAAAAUUUAGUUGGGAGUUCUUGAUGUGUUUAUGUUUCCCUUAAUGGCAGUACUUGAUGUAAACAUUAUGCAUUUAAAGUA